AUGCCGCAUGGAACCGGCGGGUUUGGAAUCGGACUCGGGCCGGGUUUUGAUGACGUCAGAUUUGGACUUGGGAGAGCGGUUUGGCCGUUUUCAACUGUUGGUGACAUUGCAACGACGACGAAUGUAGGGAGCAGCAACGCCGGUGGGUUCUUCCCCGGUGAGUACUUUGCGUGGCCGGACCUCUCCAUCACAAAGCCAGUGAGAGCACUCAAAUGAACUUAAAUCUUCUGUCCUUACUAGAGGGUUUGGUUCAUUGGCUUUUGUCGGCAGCUUUAGUGAUCUCUUAGUCUUAGUGUAUC